UAACAAUAUUAGACCUCAACGAUUAUUGUUUGGAGUCAAUAUUUAAUUAUCUGGAGGGAACAGAUCUUAUUAAUUUUGCAGAGACCUGUAGCCGGGUUCGGCAGGUGUUCAAGCAUUGGGCCAGCUUUCGUUAUGUCAAUUUCUUUAUUGUUGAGGAGAUUUCUACAUAUGAACUCAAAUUGCUGUCGGUCGUUGCAGAAAAUAUUAAGAAACUCUGCAUCUAUGUUGAUGAUUUGAAUGUUUUCCUGUCACGGAACUAUGGCAAAAACAAAAACUAUUUUUUUAACAAGUUCUGUAUGUUAAUAAAAGAUAUGAAAAGUCUGCAAAGUUUUGGUCUGUGGCAGUAUAAAAAAAAAGUUUGUUCAAGAAGUAUAUUUUUAGCUCUUCAGAAGAAGAAUUUGAAAAACUUACAAAUUUGCGCUCAGAAAUGCGAAGCAGCUGCUCUGCGACCCUUCACGAAACUGGAGAUGCUAUCAUUGAACGUGCAGCUGAGCUCCAAGGAUUUGUUGAAUUCGUGCCAGUCAAUGAGACAUCUGAGCGCACUGCACUUGACGGAUCGAGUGGGUAAUUCAACCCUGAAGGAUAUCAUAUGUCAUUGCCCAAACUUGCAAGAACUUAGUUUCUAUAUAAAAACCAAGAAAAAUACUCUUAACUGCAUAGGAUCAAAAGGUGCAGGCGUAGCAGAUAUAUUUGGUGCCUUAGCGGACAGGGCCAAGUGCUUGAAGUCGUUAAUGGUUCACGGCAUAAUAUGCGAUCUGAACCAGGCCAAGCAAUUGGCUCGAAUCAGCACCUUAAGGAUACUCACCUGCAGCUUUAGCAGUGCGGAUUGUGUAUUGGCUUUGAGAUAUCUCACUCUUUUGGAAGAGCUGCGAAUUUCUUUUAAAUCUGACGUUAAUAUUUCUUCGAUAUAUUUAGAUAUGAUUAGGGAAUGUACUCAGCUGUAUUUGUUAAGCAUAAUGGAUUUUAAUGUACAACCAGAUUUCGCAUUUAAAGCGGCUGAAGUGCGUAAAGAGUUUCUAAACAGGCGACCUUUGGUGUUGCUUAUUUAUGGACAUCGAAAUUCUACAAUCGACCCAACUGCAGCGGCAAUAGAUAAAAAGCUUGUGAUAUACCGCAGCAUGACUCUUCAAGAGUUACUAAAAUUGCGAAAUAUGUGCAAUUGGUCUAUUAUUGCCAUAUGAUCUGUUCCUCUUCGUUAAUCUGAUACGAGUGGGAUGAUGUCAACAAAAUUAUGUGUGAUAUAUAACAGAUAUGUGUGAUAAUUCAUGUGGGAUGCAUGGAGAAAUGGAGAAAUAAUCUUGUUACAAACAAAUUUAUUUGUCAUACAAUCAUACCUGUAUUCCCCUGAAUGGAAAUUGGAGCUCAGCUCUGAUUAUUGAUGCGCUCAUUUGUGCGUAUAUUAUUUGGUACUUAUUGUAAAUUACGUACUUAUUAAGUUGAUAUCAACUGAAUACUUGUUUCACAAAAUUGUAAAGAUAUAAGCGCUAAAAUUAAAUUUAAUUCCAAUUUAGAUAACGCUUGCGCAGCCCAAGUUUCAAAAUUUCCUUAGGGCACAGCGCAAGGAAAAACUUCAAAGUUAAAAUCAUAAAAAAAAGAACAUCACAAUAACAACAAAAACAUUUUCAAUUAUGCUAAACUUCGAACUGUUAAUUAAAUCUGUCAGAAACAAUUAAGCAUAAUGUUCACUUAAAAGCCACGAACAACGUUUAUAAUUAGAAAUAAUGAAGUAAAAGAAAAAAUACAAUUAUUUACCGGGCAAACGAGUAUUAUCUCUACAGAAGACAUUGUUAUAUCAAUGUCAAGUGAUGCGGUUGACUACGAGAGACCCUCUACACAGUUCAAAUAUAAUCGUACAAUUCUACUCAACAGGUUCGGUAUAUACAAAGCUGAUACACACUAUUGGCUAUUGUGCAGGGUAUCUGGGUCUCAAUCCAAGUGCAAACAAUGCGAUUGCGUCCCAAGAGACUGACAAAUGAAAUGUCUACGCAACAAAAUAGCAACUGUCGGAGUCGGAAAUACGUCAAGUGUGAGCGCUGAAAGCCUUCGAUGAGAUGAGUCCUGAGAUGAGCUGGGUGGCCGGCUAGUGGAUAAAGAUGGCCAGGAAACGGCCGGGCGACAGCUUCCUCAAUACCACCAUUGUGUGCCGUGGAGUGGAGCGUUGACAAUAACGGAAAUUAUUGUUUCUAUUCUUAUUUUCUAACAUUGUGAGCAGCGUCUGCUGUCAGCCAGCUUUUCAGCUAAGAUUACGACAAAUAUUGC